AUGCAGAGUUGGCACCCUCAGACAUCACUGGAGUUCACCAAGCCCCUUACAGGUUUACUGGCUGGCUGGCUUGCACAUGCCAACAUCACAUGUGUGUACAUGCAGCAGCCAGAGGGCUUUGAGCAGAAAGAUGGUGAGGACUAUGGCGCACAUGUAGUUGGUGAUGAGGACCAUGAUGACUGCAACAACAAUGACGAGGUGACGGGCUGCCUGAAAGACCACCCUUAUGCACAACAUGCACGCGAGGCCAACAAGGACAGCAAGGUCGAGGUUGAGGUCCCCAAGGACAGUGAGGACAAUGUUGAGGAGGGAGAUGAGCUCGUAGACAGUGAGUACAACGAAUCACUGACGGGACCCAAGGGCAAGGGUAAGGCCCAAGGGGCAAAAACAAUCAACAACAAUCCGGUGCAUAGGGCAUGCAAGGGCAGGGCAUUGGGCAUGCCCAAGCAUGACGACCCAGACAUGUACAAGUCUACGCCCAAGUGGGAAGGUGACUGGACUCUUCUCAUCCCCGCAACUGAGAAGAACAACGAGGUGCACACCAGGUUCAUCGGGAAGUGGCACUGCAAGCACUGCAAGAAGAACCUUGCUGAAUGCAUCAUCAGCAGCCUCAAACACCAGUGUGAUGCCUGCACCCUUGGGCACAGAUCUCCUUGUGAGAUUAUGGGUCGAUACACCACUGGCAACAAGAUGGAUGACAAGAUGCGUCAGAACACCACGGCUCCCACCACCUCCUCUCGAGGUCUUCCCCUCGCGUGCGACAACUGCCCCCGCCACACCAAAGAUCGACCCGCGCAAGCGUGUGGCGGUGUCUUCAAGCGAAGACAUGUCGGACAGCCCGGGCAAGGACAACAACAUUGGUCGUGCUCUGCAAAGCAGCAAGGCGAAGACACACACAAAGUCCAAGACGAACAUCGCCACACCCAUCUCCAGGAUGUUGGCAAAAUUGGCGACAGCCAUGCCAAACAAGUGCACCAAAGUCGACGCCACGCAGGAGGCCAAGCUGUCAUUGGCAAAGACAUCUGCACACCUGGGCCCCUCAAUGCGAAGAACGUGAAGGUGUCUCAGAAGACAUCUGAGAAGAAGAGCACACAUGCCCUCCAGCCUGAGGCGAGCGAGACCAUCAUCAUCAACUCAGACUCCGCAGACGACCAGCCCCUGUGCACCUUGGUUGCCAGUGCGGCGAGCAGGCCUGAUGCACCAGAAGACGCAAUGGACAUCGACCAGCUGCAGGUCGUCGAGGCCAAAGGGAAGAGUAGGGCGGGCAACCCCAGACAGCUGCCCGAGGUGGUCCCUAAUGACAGCCAGCCAGACGACCCCGUGGCACAGCGAUCCCAACACGGUGGUGACAAUGGGCUCGCUCGGUAA